AUGAACUACACAGCUCUCAGAACGGCCUUCGCCAGGCCAGCCACCUUCCUCCCCAGAUCCGCCAUCCUCCCCACCGUCCGAUUCUCCUCCACAGCGACACCCGUCUCAAAACCGUACCUGAUCAACCUGACGGCCUCCAACUCCUUCCCCGUCUACAGGGACGACAAGGCCGCCGGCUCCAGCAAGCGCACAGUUAUCAAGAAGAUCGAGGGCGACCGCAAGGCCCUGAUCACCGACGUGUCCGCAGCGCUGAAGGUGCCCAAGGAGAACUUCAGAAUCAACCCCGUAACACAGCACGUUGAGAUCAAGGGCCACCACACGACAGAAAUCAAGGAGUUUCUUGCAACCACAUUCGGCAACCCCAAGAUCGCCAAGACGACACCGACGGAGGUCAAGGCAUGA